AUGUCCGCAAACGGUCAUCAGAUGACUGCCGCCGCGCCCGGCACCACCAUCGGCAGCAACUCUCCCUCUGCCCUGGAUGCUCAUGCUACCAACGGCCAUGCCACCAAUGGCCACGCCAACGGCAACGGCUACUCCAACGGCAACGGCAAUGGCCAUGGCAGCUUUGAGAACGAGAAAGCUCAUCAAGCGCCCAUGUACCACGGCGGCGCUGGCGGUGGAAACCAUCUCAGCCGCACCUUGACCCCCGGUGGGCACUACGCCGAUGACGACCUCAUUGCGAUCGCCAACGGUCACAGGAGGAUCGCCAACCCUCUUCCCCUCGGUGUCUUCGGUUUCUCAACGACGACCCUCCUUCUUUCGCUCUACAACAUCCAGAUUGAGGGAAUUGCCAUCCCCAACGCGGUCCUCGGCUUCGCGCUCUCUUACGGUGGUCUGGCGCAGUUCCUCGCGGGUCUGUGGGAGUUUGCAGCGGGCAACACGUUUGGUGCGACCGUCUUCUGCUCCUUCGGCAUGUUCUGGUGGGGCUACGCGGUGAUUCUCAUCCCCUUCUUUGGCUUCAUGGGACAGUACGAUGGUCAGCCCGGUAUCUACUCGGCCCAAUCGCCGUUUGCAGCUGAAGCCGAUAGCGCUAUUGGCCUCUACCUCUGGAUCUGGUUCGGUAUCACCACCAUCUACCUCAUCGCAUCCACGCGUGGCUCGGUCUCGCUCUUUGUGCUCAUCUUCCUGCUCUGGGUCACGUUCAUCUUCCUCGGCGCCCACGCCUACACGGGCAACGCAAAGCUCCAGACUGCCGGCGGCGCCUUCGGUAUCGCCACCGGCUUCGCGGGCUACUACCUUGGUAUCGCGAGCUUCCUGAGCCCCUACAACUCGUUCUUUACGCUUCCGGUCAUUCCUCUCGGCAAGAAGGACUGA